AUUUCAUUAGUUUCCGAAGCACCAACACAAAAGUGCUUUGCCAUGGCCCCGUUAGUGCUGUACCAUUUUCCCGGUUCGCCGCCUUCAAGGUCUGCUCUGCUGGUUUUGCGCAACUUGGACCUAGACGUUGAGGUGAAAAUCAUAAAUCUGUUCGCUGGCGAGCAUAUGGCCGAAGAAUACGUGGCCAUCAACCCCGAGCACACCGUUCCGACGCUGGUUGACGAAACCUUUGUCCUGUGGGAAUCGAAAGCCAUCGCCACCUACCUGACGGAGCAGUACAAGCCAGGAUGCUACCUGUAUCCCAACGAUCCCAAAACACGGGCCCUGAUCAACCACCGCCUGUACUUCGACUCGGGCACUCUGUUCCCGGCUCUACGGCAAAUAUUGGCAUCCGUCCUGCGCUCAGGAAUAACGGUCGUACCACAGGAGAUGAAGGAAACCCUGCACAAGGCACUGGAAAAGAUGGAAUCCUAUUUGGAUGGCAGCGAGUGGAUGGCCGGUGCAGAAUGUACUUUAGCCGAUCUGUGCGCACUGGCCAACGUGGCGACGAUCAAGCAUCUGGGCGUAAGUUUCGACGAAUUUCCCAACAUCGAUGGGUGGUACGAACGCUGCCAGGAGUUGCCGGGCACCGAGGAAAACGACGAGGGCGCCGCUUUCAUUACCAACGCCGUCAAAUCCAAGCUUGAGGAGCCAUACUAAAAAUAAUGUACUCUCACCUUUAACCUGUUCGGUGUAAAACCAAGUACCGCACGCUUCGAAAAGCACGACCGAGAUUCGAAUACAAAUGUAUUCACCGGUUGCACCCAAAAUCCCUAGUCUUUUUACCUGGUCAGCAGUAGAAAGAAAGCCCCCCGAGUGCGACUGUAAGUAAAAGAAAUGGUUGUUACAGGACUGAAUUAGCCUUUAUUUUAUUUAAGAUCAGUUCAAUUCACUAGCUCGA